CUAAAAUAUAUUUUUAAGCAGCUGAUAUUUGUAACUAUGUGUAGCAUGUGUAGUUAAUUAAUGCAAGGUAAUACUAUCAACAAUAUUUAAAAAAGCGAAAUCAAUAAUUAAUAUGAAUUUGAUACCUAAAUCAAAAUUAAUAUCUGAACUAUCAUCUAAUGAAAUUAGAGAUGUAUUCAUGAAUUUUUUUAAAUCCAAAGGCCAUCAAUAUGUUUAUUCCUCAUCUGUUGUUCCGCUAGAUGAUCCCACCCUUUUAUUUACAAAUGCUGGAAUGAAUCAAUUCAAACCUAUAUUUUUGGGUAAUGCUGAUCCAAAAAGUGAGUUAGGAAAGUAUAUAAGAGUAUGCAAUACACAAAAGUGCAUACGAGCAGGUGGUAAACAUAAUGAUUUGGAUGAUGUUGGCAAAGAUGUAUACCAUCACACAUUUUUUGAAAUGCUUGGCAAUUGGUCUUUUGGAGAUUACUUUAAAAAAGAAAUUUGCACAUGGGCUUGGGAAUUAUUAACUGAAGUAUAUAAGUUACCUAAAGAAAGAUUAUAUGUAACAUACUUUGGGGGUGAUCAAGAAUCAGGAUUGAAGCCAGAUUUAGAAUGCAGAGAUAUAUGGUUAAAUUUGGGAAUAGAGAAUCACAAAGUCCUUCCCGGCAGUAUGAAGGAUAACUUUUGGGAGAUGGGAGAUACUGGCCCUUGUGGGCCUUGUUCUGAAAUACAUUACGAUAGGCUUGGUAUGGUCGAUGCUUCCCACUUGGUUAACAAAGAUGUUCCCGAAGUUUUGGAAAUAUGGAACCUGGUUUUCAUACAAUACAACAGAGAAGCUGACGGUAAAUUAGUCGUACUUCCUAAAAAGCAUAUCGAUUGUGGCAUGGGAUUUGAACGUCUCGUCUCCGUUAUACAAAACAAACCCUCUAAUUACGAUACCGAUCUUUUUACAACUAUAUUCGAUCAAAUCCAACAAAAAUUGAACAUACGACCUUAUACGGGCAAGGUCAAAAGUGAGGACGUAGACGGAAUAGAUAUGGCCUACAGAGUCAUAGCAGAUCACGUUAGAACGCUAACUAUAGCUUUAUCGGAUGGAGGCAGACCCGAUAAUGUUGGAAGAGGAUAUGUUCUGCGGAGGAUUCUAAGAAGAGCGAUAAGGUAUGCCAAUGAAAAAUUAAAUGCGCCAACUGGUUUUCUUUCUAGCCUAGUUCCUACCGUAGUGCAAAAUUUACAAUCAGUUUUUCCUGAAAUUGCCAACGAAUAUGACACAACGAUCGAGAUAAUUGAUGACGAAGAAACGCAGUUUAUCAAAACAUUAUCUAGGGGCAAGAAAUUAUUGCAGAGUACGAUCAAAAACUUGCCCAUAGGAACUGAGCUCGGUUUAAGAAUAUUGCCUGGCGACGUUGCCUGGAAGUUAUACGACACUUACGGGUUUCCCUUGGAUUUGACUCAGCUCAUGGCGGAGGAACAGGGUAUAAGCGUCGAUUUAGUUGGGUACGAAAAGAUGAAACAGUUAGCUGUGCAAAUAUCUCAAAAUAAAGCAGGGGGUUCCGAAGAGAAAAUCAACGAUCUGAAUGUUCACGAUAUGAGUUAUUUGAGGCAAAUGAAUAUUCCGUACACAAAUGAUCGGUUCAAGUAUGAUUAUCAAACAUCACCAGUUAUUCAUAGCAAUUCAUCUAAUCUACUACAAGAUGCAACAGUUGUUUAUAAAUUCGAACCUAUAACCGCUAAGAUCUUGGCUAUAAAGCGUUUUCAGUCCAAUACCGAAUCAACGGGUCACCAUUGCUUCAUCGAUAUUAUAGGAACCGAAUCUGAAGCUAACACGCAUAAAGGUUCUACAAUCACCAAUGGUCAUGCGCCAAACGAAAAUAUGAGAAAUAAAGAUUAUAAUAAUAACGUGGCUUUGUUACUGGACUCAACUAAUUUUUAUGCAGAAUCUGGUGGUCAAAUAUACGAUACAGGAUUUAUCAAUAAAGAAAGCGGGGAAGAUGAGGCUGAAUUUGUUGUGAAAAAUACUCAAUCUAAAGGUGGUUAUGUCAUACACGUGGGCGAUUUGGAAAAAGGAUGUUUGAAGGUCGGAGAUUUAGUCAAACUUUACAUAGAUGAGGAUAGACGAAGGCUUAUAAUGAACAACCACACAGGAACCCACGUUCUCAAUUUCGCUUUACGCGAUGUAUUAAAAGAAACCGAACAAAAAGGCUCUUUAGUCGCGCCCGACAGAUUACGAUUUGAUUUUUCUGUCAAAUCCCCCCUGACAACUCAACAACUAAAGAUGUUGGAAGACAUUUGUCGAGAUGUGAUAGAUAAAGAUUUAUCUGUUUACGCUCAAGAAGCGCCACUACAAUUAGCUAAAUCUGUUAAAGGAGUUAGAGCCAUAUUCGACGAAGCCUAUCCCGACCCCGUUAGAAUAGUUUCUAUAGGUAUUCCGGUCAAGGACCUCGUCGAACAGCCCACUGGAAAUAUGGCAUAUAAAUAUUCGGCCGAGUUUUGUGGCGGAACGCAUUUAUUUAGUAGUGGACAUAUUGAAAAUAUGGUCAUAACUCAGGAAGAAUCUUUGGCCAAAGGAAUAAGAAGAAUUGUUGCUUUGACUGGCAAAGCAGCUCACCAAGCCAUUCAAAGGAGCCAAAAAUUAGAAAACAUUUUAAACAAUCUGUGCAACGAAGUUAAAGAUUUUAUCAAUACAUCCGGGCCGCAACCCUGCAACAUGAUUUACAAAACUAAUAAAACAAUUCUCGAUAUCAGCAAAGAAAUAAAUACUGCAGUUAUUCCCUGUUGGAAAAAGGAUCAAUUUAGAGCGGAUUUAAAGGAUAUCAAAAAGCAUAUUGAUACCUUGGAAAAAGCCGAAAAUAAUAAAAUCCUUCAAAAAAUAAUCGACGAAACUAAGGUAUUAGCUAAUGAAACGGGAGAAUCAUCAUAUAUAGUUCACAAGUUUGAUGUUGGGAAUAACAAAAAAGCAUUAGAUGCUGCUAUUAAAGAAUACCAAACAAUAUGUCCGGACUCAUCUAUAAUGUUUAUAGGAGUUGAGAAUAAUAAAGAUGAGGAAGAUGUAAAGAUAACUUUAAUGUGUCGCGUUCCUGGGAGCACUGUAGAUACAGUUGGCCUCAAAGCUAACGAAUGGAUAAAUUACUUGAUAAAAUCUAUGAAAAAUGUCAAAUACGGAGGCAAAGAUAUAUCUGCACAAGCGGUAGGCUUCUUAGAUCAUAUAAAAGAGGUAGCCACAGUUAAAGAUUUGGCGAUGAAUUUUGCGCGAAUGAAAAUGAAUCGUGAAAAUUUUUGAGUUUAUUAUGUAAUAUUGUAUUUUAACUUUUUUGAAUGUGUUGCUAACG